ACAUUAAGAACACAAUUGCUUGUGAGUGAGAAAAAAAGAAAACGAACUCUAUGUGGGACAACUGCGUGUCUCCCUUCAAAUGCAUGGAGAAAAUCACCAAAAAAAAAAAAAAAAUCAGCAGUGGGCGAAGCAGGGCAGAGCUGUGGCCGUGCUAAGGCGCCGGCUGCCUGGCUCUCCCAGGAGAUGUGCCAGCAGCGGCGGCCUUUGCCUGGGCACAAGCAGCUCCUUCAUUAGCGGCGGGGAGCGAAGGCGGGUGGCCGGGGAGCAGCCCCCGCCAAGGGGUUGGUGCCGGGCGGCCCCGCGCUCCUCCCCGUCCCACUCGGCCGCCCUGCGCUUCCCGGGACGGCAACACUUCCAGACACGACCUGGCGUCUUUCCCUCACCAGGGGCGGCUGAUGAAGCAGGACUCUGUUCAUCCCCGGACUGCUCUGAGGCUGCGACAGCACUUGGUGGGCAUGCAGAGAGUGGCAUACGAUUUCCACUACAGCUGCCAGUGGUGAACUAGGAGGCGCCGCUCUGCUGCAGCUCCCCUCUCCGGCGAUGGCAGCACCGAAGGUGGCCGUGGUUGGCGCGGGAGUCGUCGGGCUGUCCACGGCACUGUGCGUCACGGAGGCCUUCCCCGCCUGCUCCCUCGCUGUCAUUGCAGACCGGUUCACCCCCAACCCGACGAGCGAUGUGGCGGCGGGGAUGCUCAUCCCUCACACCACCCCAGACACAGCAAUCCACGUGCAGAAGCAGUGGUUCAAAGACAUGUUUACUUAUCUUUUUGCCAUCAGUAAUUCAGCGGAGGCGUCAGAGGCUGGCAUCCACCUCGUGUCUGGCUGGCAGGUCUUUAAGAGCACUCCCAUGGAAGUGUUACCGUUCUGGUCUGACAUUGUCCUGGGAUUUCGACCAAUGUCCAAAGCCGAACUCCAGAAAUUCCCACAGCACAGAUGUGGUCAGGCCUUUACAACACUGAAAUGCGACUGCCCACCCUACCUACUAUGGCUGGAGAAAAGGUUGAAAGCAAAAGGUGUCCAGAUGUAUACCAGAAAAGUAGCAAACUUAUGGGAGCUGCACAGUGAAUAUAACAUUGUUGUCAACUGCACAGGCAUUGGUGCCCACCAGCUUGUGGGGGACCAGCAGCUGUUCCCUGUCAGGGGCCAAGUACUCAAGGUCCAUGCUCCUUGGGUGAAACACUUUGUCCGGGACGGGGAUGGCUUAACUUACAUCUACCCAGGGAUACACAACGUAACCCUAGGGGGAACCAGGGAAAAGGAGAGCUGGAACCUCUCCCCUGAUCCCAGCACUACCAAAGCCAUCUUUGACAGAUGCUGUUCCCUUGAGCCCUCACUUCAGCGAGCUCAGGAUAUAAAGGUGAGGGUGGGCCUGAGGCCGUCCCGAGUGUGUGUGGCACUGCACAGAGAGGUCUUAAGCCAAGGAGGAGCAAAACUCCUGGUGGUCCACAACUAUGGGCACGGGUCAGGUGGCUUUUCGAUGCACAGGGGCACAGCCAAAGAGGCUGCUCACCUGGUCGGGAAGUGCAUUGCUGCCUUGCAAGGCUCAUCACUGAGGGCCAAGUUUUGAACCUCAGAGGCUUGUUUUCUGUUAAUGACAGGCUAAUACUGCAUGCCCUAGUAGCAUCUUUGGAUCCCUGGAUGGAAGGAACCUAAGCUGACAGCUAGCGCCAUUGCAGAUGCUUGGUGGUUUCUCACCUGGCUUCCAGCUGGCACUCGAGGAAUGCGUGAUGGGUUGAUCCAAGCAUUAGCACAGCUGCCUGUCUCUUCCAUCUAGUGUUGUUCCUGCCCUGAUGAUUUCUCCUAGCUUUGCAUUAAGGAGGAUGAGAGAUAAUAAAUGUCCUUCAUAUAGCAGGAAUCAGAUUGCUGAAGUACAAUAUAAAUGACAUAAAUUUGCCAUUUGUUCAUCUGCAUCUAAAUUGUACUGGAUGAGCUAGAUUCAGAUUCAGCAAAAACUAUUUUUUUUCCUAUUGUACCAAAUCUAAUCUGGUAUUGCCCUCAUUCCUGCCAUCUUCCUAACAAACUUUACCAUUUUCCAUACAAUUUACAGGGAAAUGAAAACCCUACGUAGUGCUACACUGCAGUGCUCCAGGUCAGCUCUUACAAAAAACAAUGUUAGGCCACUGUCAAGUGCAGUGACCAUGCAAGCAUGAUUUUAAGAGCAGGUUUAUGAGACUGAUCACUGCAUUCACUAAUGUUACACCUCAGGAGGAAACGCAAAGUUUCUGGGAGAGGAAGUUGCCCUAUAUGAGCUACAGUUUUGUGUGUCUUUUCUCAUGCCAGUUUGCAAAUCUCUUUUUUCUGAACCUCUGAGACCUUGCUCUCAAACAUUGUUUUUUGUUUUUUUUCCCAUGUAUCACCUCAAUAGCAGUUUUGACAUGGCCUGUCUCCUGCAGAAGAGGAUUUUUCAGGGCAGGCUUGGGAGUGCAACCUUUCUUUGCUACUUUUCAUCAGCGCUUGUAGUGUUCUUCCUCCUUUUCUUGCAACAGCUGAUAUGAUUAACCAGUGGCAAAUCAACACGGAUCUUAACACCAAUUUCAGUUACAUAAGAGAGAGAAGAGUCCUUUAAGUCAAGAUAAACACUAUAAAGACAAAUUUUUCCGUAAUGGGAUGUGAGUGAACUCAUCUCUCAUAACGAAGCCAAGCUAUGGCAGCUCUGACUGUCACUCCAUUAAUAAAGGCUGAGCUGAACUUUACACUUUCCACAAUUCGAGCCCUUUAAUGUGUCUGAAGAUCUUCACUCCCCAAAAUUAGAGCUUACUGUCAAAGUACAGGAUGAAUGUCUGACUCUUAGGGAUUAACUGCUCAUUAGAUCUUAAAUGACUCAUUUAAGAGAAUUAGCAUCCAUUUUUGACUGGCUUUUGUCCUUACAAUUACAAAACAAAUCAAAACCCUUCAAGAAUUCACAUGAUUAACUGAUAAAUAAAAGUCUAAUAAUGAAACAAA